GGUCUCAACUUUUUGUAGGACAGGAUUAUGUUAUCCAUCCAUCGGUGCACACGGUGCCCAAUCUUACUGCAGCAGAACCGGUCUUUAAAGCUCAAUUUACGUCCUUGAACUCUAUCAGGGAAACGUCCGGAGUUGUUGCCGAAGGGGGAACUACUCAGCUGUAGGUCUCCCAUCCAGUGUCUCACGCGACCCAAGAGCAUGCAUGGUUGAGGACAGGCUUUUGCAUGGAAUCCUAGGGCCGGGAAGAACACCACCGGACUGCAUAUAUACAGUCUGUCAAACUUUCGGGGAGAAAGAUGUCUGUCCGGUGCUACAGACAGAAGCACUCUUGAAUAUCCGCCACAUCCGGUUGAGACGCUUUGAGGACUCGACAUCGAUGUACCUGAUUUUAGUGGCGCGAUGGAACCUCGCAUUUCUUUCCUCGACGACACAUAGAGCCACUGGCUUCAACACCGACAUGGGCGAAUUGAGAGGUCUAGUUCACUCGUUCAGUUUCGUUACACUAUUUACUACUGCAUGAAAGCUGCGAUCAUUAUUUCAAUGACGACAGAGUAGCCGGAUGAGGUAGGAAUUGCACACAGGUACAGACCCAUGCACAACUUCCGAAAUUCCGCUCACUCAUGAGCCCACCCGCCCCGGCUCGUAUGACUUUACCAGUAGUAAGCUUCCUGGUCUUGAUAUUGAAAGGACAUCGCGGCAUUAUAUAAAGUGCCCUUUCCCCGAAGCCCAAUACAUUUGUACCAAAGGGUAACUGUGUUUCUCCCUCUUCUCCUCCACAACAUCCUAUCAGUCCACCCACGCACAAUUCAACCAGCUCUUGCAAUGGACUCACCUACAUAUACAAGGCCAGACAUGGCCAAACAUGGGGACCCCACUCAGAACAAACAAGACACCAAGUCCUCGUCGUCGGACGCCGACUCCGCUCCGGAUCCAAUAGCAUACGAAACAGAAAUCUACCAGAAAGGGCUAUCCUACUCCCGCCCACCAUUCACAUUCACCGCGCUGGAAUGGGAACCUCUAGCAUGCGAGCGCAUGUCGGCCGAGAGCAAGGGAUACGUGACAGGCAACGCGGGAACAGGGGAAACGGCACGCAAAAACCGACUAGCAUUCGAGAAAUGGUCACUGCUACCGCGCCGACUCGUCAAAACCACUACCUUCUCAGACCUAUCAAUCCACCUAGACCAUAUCGGCAAGCAUCUUCAACACAAAGCCUCGUCCGCCGGUCAAACAGGCGGCAAACUCAAACUCCCAUUCCCUAUCGCCAUUGCACCCGUCGGAGUGCAAAGGAUCUUCAACCCGGACGGGGAACUGGCGUCGGCGCGCGCCGCCGCGGCCCAGCGGGUUCCAUACAUCAUGAGCACAGCGAGCAGUACAUCGAUCGAAGACGUGGCCGCGGCGAACGGACCCGACGGGGAGCGCUGGUUCCAACUCUACUGGCCGGCACGGGAGAACGACAACAUCACCAUCUCGCUGCUCCAACGGGCCAAGAAGGCCGGCUUUUCCGUGCUCGUGGUCACGCUGGACACGUUCAUCCUGGGCUGGCGGCCCAGCGACAUGAACAACGGAUACAACCCGUUCUUGCGGAGCGACCAGAUCGGCGUGGCAAUUGGGUUCACGGACCCAGUCUUCAGGCACAAGUUCAAACAAACCCACGACAACAAGGAAAUCGAGGACGACCAAGGCGCCGCCGCGGCCGAGUGGACUAAGACCGUCUUUCCGGGCUUCAGUCACGGCUGGGAAGACAUCAAGUUUCUCCAGGAACAUUGGGAUGGUCCUAUCGUCCUUAAGGGUAUUCAGACUGUCGCCGAUGCAAAGAGGUGCGUCGAGGCCGGCGUCCAGGGUAUUGUUGUCAGCAACCAUGGCGGAAGACAGUCUGAUGGCGGCGUCUCGAGUUUGGGUAUGUUGCCGCGUAUCGUUGAUGCUGUCGGUGACAAACUCGACGUCAUUUUCGACUCUGGCAUCAGAUGUGGUGCUGAUGUCGCGAAAGCGUUGGCUCUUGGGGCAAAACUGUGUCUCGUCGGCCGCCCUUAUGUCUACGGCUUGGUCCUGGGUGGCGAGGCUGGCGUCAACCAUGUCCUUAAGUCGCUCUUGGGCGAUUUGGAAUUGACCUUGCAUCUGGCUGGUAUCCCCUCAGUCUCGCCGGAUGUGUUGAACCGAGAUGUCUUGAUUCGCGAGGAUGAGCUGUAAAAGAAAAUAGAGCUUUCCGGUGGUCGGUUGUAGAUAUCUACCUAGGAAAAAGCGAGACGACGAAGACUAUGCAAAAAGGAAACAUGCUACACCAGUCUCUCAGGGUAUUUGGGAUCGUGUCGAUAUUGCCAUAAAGUCCAAUAGCGGACCGACGGGGUGCGGAUGAGUGUAGAUACAUAUACACAGAAGAUCAUACAGUGCCCAUCGUAAAGCCUUAUCAAACCAG